AACACAAGAAUUAUUUUUUUUGUUUGGAAACAAGGCACAAGUAUAGCUCUCUUCCUUUCCUGCAGAUAAGAAGCUACAUUAUAUACUGCACACACAGAUCUGUCUGUGAAAAAAGCAAAAAAUAAAUGGUAAUGGAAACCUAUUUUCUAUUGCUUACCAUCCUUCAAGCUCUGGUGUCUCUCCCAGUCUUCUUGAAACCAUGCAAAGCGGCUUCUGACACCUUAACUCCCACACAGUCGCUAACUGAAGGCAAAACUUUAGUUUCAUCAGGCAAAACAUUUGAGCUUGGCUUCUUCUCUCCUGGCAAAUCCAACAACAGGUACAUUGGAAUAUGGUACAAGAGAAGCCCUGAAGUAGUUGUCUGGGUUGCAAACAGAAAUAACCCACUUACCGAUUCAUAUGGAGCUUCAUUGUCCUUAAACACCAAUGGAAACCUUGUCCUUCUCAACCGAACAAGCACCAUUAUUUGGUCUUCAAACACAUCAAUUAUGGUCUUACACAAUCCAGUUGCUCAGCUUUUGGAUUCUGGGAAUUUCGUAGUGAGAGAUAAAAACAGCUCGAUGAACCCUGAGAUGUUUGCAUGGCAGAGCUUUGAUUAUCCAACAGACACACUUUUAGAAGGCCAGAAGUUUGGAUGGGACUUGAACAAAGGUCUAGAACGAUAUUUAACAUCAUGGAAAAGCCCUGAUGACCCGUCUACCGGCGAUUUCACUUACAGGAUGAACGAAACUGGGAUACCUCAAUUUAUCAUCAGCAGGGGACAGACCAGAGUUUUUAGAACAGGGACAUGGAAUGGAAUUAGAUUCAGUGGUUUCGCCACUCUAACCGAUACAAUUUUUAGAUCCAUUAUUGUGAUUAAUGACAGGGAAAAAUACUUCAUGUUUGUGCCAAACACAAGAAGUACAACUACCCGCUUAACAAUGAAUUAUUCAGGCUUGGCGCUGCCUUAUAUGUUAAAAAACAACAACACUGAAUGGAAUGUUAUAUACUCAGAUGCAUAUGAUCUUCCAUGUGAUGGCUAUGAAUUCUGUGGUGCUAAUGCUAUAUGCAAAACUAACACUAUGACUGUGUGUGAGUGUCUGCAGGGGUUUACACCAAAGUUUCAGCAAGAGUGGGAAGCUCAAAAUUGGAAAAAUGGGUGUGUGAGGAAGAUAGAUUUAGAUUGCAACAGUGAAGAGGGUUUUGUACAGAUUGAGGGGGUGAAAUUGCCUGAUUUGUUGGAGUUUUGGUUGGACAAGUAUAUGAAUAUCCAAGAAUGUAAGAAAGCGUGCUUGAAAAACUGUUCUUGUACAGCUUAUGCUAAUUCUGAUGUUAGAGGAAAAGGCAGCGGCUGCUUGAUGUGGUUUGGUGACCUUAUAGAUGUCAGAUACUUCAACGUAGAAGGCAGUGAAGAUACUAUUCAUAUUCGCUUGGCUGCUUCAGAAAUAAAAUCCAUCAUGGGUAAGAACGCAAAGAAAAAUGUAAGGACCAUACUAGUGGCAAUUUCCGCGGUGUGUUUCUUUUGCCUUCUUCUAUGCUGCAUAAUUGCGAAAAUAAGAACAGGUUUAUCAGGAACCGAAAAAGAAGAUAUAGAAUUACCUCUAUUUCAUUUGGCUACCGUUGCUUCUGCUACAAACAACUUUUCUCCUGAAUACAGGAUUGGAGCUGGCGGCUUUGGUCAUGUAUACAAGGGAAAGCUCUCAACAGGACAGGAAAUAGCUGUGAAGAGACUGUCUAACGAUUCAGGACAGGGUUUGAAAGAGUUUAAGAACGAAAUAGAGUUAAUUGCAAAGCUUCAACAUAGGAAUCUCGUUGCGCUUUUGGGAUGUUGCAUUCAAGGAGAAGAAAAGAUGUUAAUCUAUGAGUACAUGCCCAACAAAAGCUUAGAUCAUUUUAUCUUCGAUAACGAAAGAAGAACAAUAUUGUGUUGGGAAAAGCAGUUCAAUAUCAUAAUGGGGAUUGCAAGAGGUCUUCUCUACCUCCAUCGAGAUUCUAAACUUCAAAUCAUUCACAGGGAUCUUAAAGCAGGGAAUGUUUUACUGGAUCACAACUUCAAGCCUAAGAUUUCUGACUUUGGCUUGGCAAGAAUUUUCAAGGAAGAUGAAAAAGAAGCCAGAACAAAAAGAAUUGUUGGAACAUAUGGAUAUAUGUCUCCAGAAUAUGCUGUCGAUGGAAAGUUAUCGGUAAAAUCUGAUGUGUUUAGUUUCGGUGUGCUUUUGCUAGAGAUUGUGAGUGGAAAAAAGAAUUCAAAGUUCAUUCAUCCUGAUCACCACCACAGGCUUCUUGGACAUGCAUGGUUGCUUUGGAAUGAAGAGAGAGCGUUGGAUCUAGUCGAUGAAAGCAUGAAUGUGCUAUCGUCAUGCAUUGAAUGUCAAGUAUUGAGAUGCAUUCAAGUGGGCUUGUUAUGUGUCCAAAAGUUUGCAAAAGACAGACCAACAAUGUCUUCUGUGAUUUUCAUGUUAGAGAAUGAAACAGCAAUAUUGCCUCAGCCUAAACAGCCCGGUUUCUUCAUCGAAAGGACUUCAAAUGAUGAUGGAUUAGCAUCAAGAAACGAGGAAUGUGGUUCACAAAAUGCUGUUACUAUAACCUUGCUUCAUGGCAGAUAGAGAUUCUUUAAUUUAACCAAACUUCUGUUCCAUAUAUGUAUGCAUAAUCCAUUGACUAAGAGGAUUGUAUUAGACUGGAAUGAACUAUUUUAAAUUUAUAUUAGACUAGGUAUGAAGUAGUGUAAGAUUAUAAGGCUUAACAGUUUUAAGCACUUGCUUGCACAGUAAGGAAAAAGAAAAAAGAAAAAAAAGUUACUCAAUAGCAGUUAAUAGUAUGGUGAUACAAAUUUUUUUUUUUUUUUGAGUUUUAAAACAAUGUUGUAUAAUCUUAAAAGAAAAUUCACUUUUAGAUGGUUUCAGUUUCGUGAUUGAUUAUAGAAAUACAAAUAACAUGGUUACAAAA